CUGCGAGCAUUAUUUACAUUGGUAACCAUCUGCUUUCUUCGGACUGCUAGCCGGCUACAGUUAAAUUAAAGUUAUUAAAGUGUUGAGCAGACAUUGAACCUGAUGCUUGCUGUGCUCGAGCGGGCUGUCUCUGCUCUGCUGCUAAAUAUAGGUCACAUGCUGUCUGACUACACCUCUAUGGAUUUGCUGACAGGCGAAUCUCACUUCCUCUCUUUUACGGGACAGGUCUCAUCUUCACAGUGCCAGCAAGGGAGAUCAAGCGAUUUGACUAUCAUGUGCUGAAGUCAGAUCAGUGUGUUGUGAGCAUAGACUGUGAGCUGUGUGUGACAGAAGCAGACAUGAAGGCUGGAGAGAGGUUUGUGGACAGAGCUGCAGUUACCUGCAUCGUAACGCUGUGUCUCGGCUGUCUGCAUGUGAUCGCCCUCAAACAACAACUUUUCUCCAGGCGUGGGGGCUUAUCUUCCUCUACUGAGAGCCCCAUCAGCUAUGAAACACUUUACUUUGACCAAAAGAUUGAUCAUUUAGGUUUCCUAGAGGAUGGUACUUUUAAGCAGAGAUACCUUGUGGCAGACAAACACUGGCAGCAGCCUGGAGGACCCAUUUUGUUUUACACCGGCAAUGAAGGAGACAUCACCUGGUUCUGCAACAAUACUGGAUUCAUGUGGGAAAUUGCGGAGGAGUUGGGCGCCAUGCUGGUUUUUGCAGAACAUCGUUACUAUGGAGAGUCCCUGCCAUUUGGACAAGACUCUUACAGUGACAGCAAACACCUGAACUACCUGACCUCAGAGCAGGCCCUGGCAGAUUUUGCAGUGCUGAUUCAGAACAUGAAGGGAAGUUUACCUGCAGCGCAGCAGAGCCCCGUCAUCGCUGUCGGAGGGUCCUAUGGAGGGAUGCUCGCCGCCUGGUUCAGGAUGAAAUACCCCAAUAUUGUGGUUGGAGCUCUGGCAGCCUCUGCACCAAUAUGGCAGUUCCCUGGUAUGGUGCCAUGUGGAGACUUUUACAAAGUAGUCACACAGGACUUUGCCAGGAGUGGGUAUAACUGUGAUGCAAACAUCAGAAAGUCCUGGAAGGCUAUUAACAAUGUCUCCUCCACUGGAUCUGGUCUUCCGAAGAGGUACAGAAGGGCUGCAGCCCUGCAGGUCACCUUCAGACUCAGCCCUGAAGGAUCUGAAGCUGACAAAGGCCUGUCAAGGGCAAUACAUAACAUUUUAAUUCCACUACAAACUGUAUCUGAAAGCAGCCAUACUACAGUGUUCCUAGAAAAGAUCAGUGUCCUCCCUGCGGGAUAAUAAAUGCACACAUAAAUUCAUCUUUAUGUAGUUUUCAUAGGUCUUGUAUCGGCAUUGAAUCGAUUAUGUAAUUAUUUUCAGCGUGUGACAUUUGCAGUUUUAGCUGUUUUUUUUUUCUUAAGCUCGCAGCAACCUAGGCCCCUUUGUUUCAACGAGGACUGCUGACGAUACUACUUUAGUAAGGGACAACCUAUUUCCCCAACUGUGAAAAGUCUAAGCUGAAGAAGCAGAAACAACCUUGGCAUUUCAAAAUGUAUUGGGUAAGUUCUAAAAAGAAUUAACCAGCUGUCGCUCUUUAAACAGCAAGGACUGCUGACAGUGCCAAAUUAAAAGCAAAUGUGAAAACUUCUUCCUAAGUUGUAAAGAAAGUCUUCAGUCAUUUUCAACUUAUCUUCAAGGAGGUAUGUGUCAUAUCCAGGAGAAGACUGAUCAAUAAACAGAUGACGUUUUACAGCCUCCGCACUGUCUUUCUAAUCAUUCCAAUAGAAAUUAAGACAUAAGCUAGACGUCACUCGUUACAUGUAUUUCAUUACUCUAAGAAAGGGCCUUUGUUAUAAGAUUUGCUUUUGUUAAGAUUGAAAUGAAGUCACGGCAAACUUAAAAAAAAAAAGUUGUCCAUUGUAAGAUAUUUUCCAAAAGAGUGAUUUUAACCAGAGCCACAACAAUAGGCCUCCUUAUUGUACUAGUGAGAAGAAAUACAGGUAGACCUCACAAUGGCUUUCUUCCCUUUUCAAUCAUUCGCAGUCCUUUCAUUUCAAUUAAAUAGCUAUGAAAACGAAUUAUGCCCAGCUUUCAGCUCCACAUCUCACUCAUUUUGUAGUGCUAACUGGGAACAAUGGAGAUCUGUCUCUGUGCCUUUGAUAAUGAUGUCUUUGUUUACAACAGAUAUUUUAAAAUAUAGAAUAAACUUUAAUUUUUUUAUUAUUUAAAACAGAGUCGAGGUAUUAGAAUCAAGGGGAUUAAAUAAUACAGCAAUGUUGUAAUACUUAGAUUUGAACUUCCUCACUGUAUUUUAAAUCUGCAAUUACUCACAUGUCUAUGGGUACACAAGAUGUGAAAGCUAACCUCGGUAGAGCCCCUCUGAUGUUUUCCUGCCAGAACAAACUGGGACAGCGCUGAGUCUAAGUGCUCUGGUUCAGUCUCACUGGGAGAUCAGAUCCGUAUCAUUACAGUAAUUGUUAAAAAUUACACCUUUUACUACGCCUGUAGGAACCUUGCAACCUCUAAUUUUCAGGCUCCAUUAUGCUCUCUUAACUCCAUAGGGAAUCUCAACUGAAUUAAUUUAAUCAAUUAAAAUAGAAGCACUCGAGCAAUACAAAGUGAAGAGGAUCACUAUCUGCUGUUGUUUACAGAUGUCUGUUUAUUUCUAUGAGAAGAUUUUCAAUGUGUGUCUACUGUCUUUCCCCCACUCUCUAACUCUUGCCAGUAUUAUAACUUAUUAUAACCCUCAUCCGCAUAUCCUAAUUUUCACUCUAACUGGUGUAAAUGUUUCUGGCUGUUUGACCACGACCCUGACUCUGAGGCUGUCAAUAGAUACCAUAAUACCAACAACAUCCUGUAUUCAUGCUUCCAAACAUUUUCACCAUUGUUUCGUCCACAUUUCGUUUGCAACAUUCAAACUGGUGUUCAUUUUCAGAGAAUCCUUUUCAAUUAAAAGAGCCGGAAAACUGCAAUUUCCUUGUCACUUCGUUCUUGCAUAUCAAAACAGGUGGAGGUGACAAACUUCUCAUAACAAAUGUUUUCUCCUCAAUAUUUGUGACUUGGUUGAAAUCCUAACUGCAAUAUAACUGUAUUAAGUGUUUCAUCGUCAAAAUCAUAAUUUUUAACAUCUUUUCAUUAACUAAUAUCUCAUACCUUCCACACUCCUGUGCGAAUCAAUGGAUAUGUUUUUUUGUUUGUACGUAUGACAGUAUGAUGGUUUGAGCUUAUUUGGACAAUACAAAUCAUGCAGGUGUAAUGCCAAAAUGGAUCGCAUGGAGAGUGAUACAAACGAGAAACAGGCCUGAAGACACACACUGAAAGCAGUUACAUCUAUGAAUUCUAAACCAAGUGCAGCAUCUUUCCAAAAAUAAAAUUAUUUUGAGAGAACACUGCGAGAAAUAACAAGCUUGGCAAGUGAUUUAAAACCAGUGGAUUUUCUUGAAUUCCCAAGACUACAGGGUGUUUGCACGACAUUUUGUCUUAAAAUACCAGGAAAUGAAAGGUUGCACUCGCUAAGCUUGUGUAUUUGUUGCAGUGAAGUUCCUGCGAUAAUAAGCAGGAUGUAACUUUCUCUCUGCACAUGAGGUAUUUCUAAAAUGGAUAGGGGCAAUAACUGCAGACAACAAUAAUUGUGCAUGUUGUCUUCGUACUGUAUUCGUUUGUCCUCUGCCUUACGUGACAGAUGAUCAAACUGAUCACGAAUACAUGGUGGGCUCUUUAAAAAGAUGUGUUGAAAUAAAAUCAGAUAUGUCAAAUGUGUUCAGAGAUGACGUAGGAUUAUGUUGAUAGUUUGGGACACACAUAUUUUUAAAGAGUUAUAGAAACAGUUACAUUCCUGAAAGCUAACACUGCUAAACUGAAAAAAAGCCCAUAGAGAGAUACUAUUUAAUAUUCAUAAAGGACUGUACAGUAUCUCAGGAAAUGAUGGAGUUUAAUACCUGAAAAUAAAACUAGCAGUGGUGUACCUGUGUUUCAGUGGGACCAUACUGCAUAUUAUGGAUGUGAGGCUUUCUGUGUAUUUCUUCCACACAUUACAGCACUCGCACUGUGCAGUAUGAGCUUUCAGAAGCAUCCACUGUUCUAUAAAUGGCACAAAUAAAAGUGGUGUCAUUUCGUGACACUAAAAGCUCAGAGGUCCGAGGGUAAACUGACCCCAACUUUCUGGUUGGCUAGCGUGUUAUCAUGGCAACAAAAUAAACAACGGUAUAGCAUGUGGUCACACCUUCUGCUAACAGGGAGUGUGCGAUAUAAAUGUGUAUAUACAAACACUCUGUAACCCUGUAUUUUCUCAUUUUUGUCGUCUUUUUAAAGAUAGAAGUUUCUGAAUAAAAUUCUCUUUUUUCGAGUGACUCAUUUUUCAAACCCAUUUCAGACCCACGUCAGAAAAACACACUAGUGCAAAAUUUGUGCGGUUUA